AAUCGUCAGAUUCAACUGAGAACAGCGAAAGAUUACAGGCUUUCUUCAAUAGUGCUACUUAAGAUAAUUUAAAAAAAAAAUUAUUUUACCUUCAUAAUAGGCGGAAUUUAUAUCGAUUUAGAUCAUAAACAUAAGAUACAAGUCAGCAAGCGAAAAAAAACCCAAAACAAAACAGCGGAUUAAUCUAUAAAUUCAGAAAUGCAAGCUUUGGGGCACUGCGGUUUGUGUGUGUCUAGAGGACCUUUUCAGAGCCGGACCGACUUCCUGCUUACGCGGGCCAACAUGGCUGCUAUCCGUCAAGCGGCGGCGUGUUUACAUUUAUUCAGAGCCACAGCCAGUGGGACCUUUAUCAACAGACAACCUUUACAGUGGCUUCUACGUAUCCCCGAAAUGAUGCAGACAAAUAUGGUGUCCUUGAGCAUGGGCAGUGGACUAUGUACUGUUCCCUUCAUACAGCAGGCAGAAAAUCUCUCACAUGAGUCUCUGAUUCGACGGGCAUCCGGCUUGGUCACAGACAGUGCUAAUACCUACCUUUCCCAAACGACCAUGGCUCUUGUAGAUGCCCUCACACUCUAUACAAAGGCUCUGCACACCCUCAUUGCUCUUCAAAAGCGCUAUUUGGCCUCAAUUGGAAAACUAACUCCUGCUGAGGAAGACAGCAUUUGGCAAGUGAUUAUUGGCCAGCGAGUGGAGGUUGGAGACAGGCUGGAUGAAUGUAAACGCUUUGAGUCAAACUGGAUGAAUGCUAUCAACAUCUGUGAGUUGUCAGCUGAGGCUGCCUACAAUGCAGGAGCAGAACAUGUAUCCAAUGCAUUAAAAAGCAGCAUGCAGGCAGCACAGUCUAAGGUAGAAGAGAUGAGGAAACUUCAAUUGGUGGCACAGAAGAGUCUUGCUGAAAUGAAAGCUGAAGAGAUCCAGAGAAUGGCUGAGUAUGCAUCAAGUAUCAACUUACAGGAUUUGGAGGAUCUUCCUGAGGCUUACCUCCGCGAAGACUGAGAAAGCAUUUUUUUUUUUUAGGAAGGACUGAAUUUAAGUUAUUGUCCAGCAUAGGUUCCAACUUGGAGCCUUUCAGCUGCAAAAAUGUAGUAUGGCUGAGAACCAGUGAAUGAAAAAUAUUUUUUGUUUGUGCCAUAUGUAUUACAUUUGAAUCUAAAAUUUAUGGAAUAUAAUUUCAAGGCAUUGAACUUACAGACUUAUUUGGCCAAUAAUUUGCAUUGCCCAUUAAUGAUUAAGAUAAUUAAGCACAAUAUCCACACAGCAUAUUAAAUUUGUCAUCUUAUGUGUGCUAUCUACAUUUUAUCUGGAAAAAAAAGCGUGUCAUAAGCUGAUAACCACAAUUUCUUACAUGUAAGCCAGUAAUUUGUCCAGAUGAUGUACACACUUUUGAGAUCAUUAAAAAAAUGAAUGUACUACUGCUUUAUUUUAAUGUAAAUAAAAUCUUAUUUUUUCUA